AUGAGUGGCGGGUGGAACACCAUUGAAUCCGAUGCGGGCGUCUUCACCUACCUGCUCGACAACCUCGGCGUGAAAGACGUCCAAUUCGAGGAGCUCCUGUCGCUCGACCCAGAUGCCCUCGCCCAGCUUCACCCCGUGUACGGUGUCAUCUUCCUCUUCAAGUUCCCCACCGACACCCCUUACCGCGCGGGCGACAAGCCUCUCGAUGGCACAUUCGACCAAGAUGCCGCCGAACGCCUCUUCUUCGCCGCGCAAACCAUCCAAAACGCCUGUGGCACGCAGGCCCUGCUAAGCGUCCUCCUCAACAAGAUCCCCGACUCCUCCUCCUCCUUUGCCUCGCCAGACGAAAACACCAUUGACAUUGGGCCCGCGCUAACCGAGUUCCGCGAGUUCACCAUGGCCUUGCCGCCCGAGUACCGCGGCGAGGCGCUCUCCAACAGCGAGCUGAUCCGCGACGUGCACAACAGUUUUGCCAAGUCGUCGCCCUUCAUCGACGAGACGCAACGGCAGCCCGACGAGGGGGACGACGCGUUCCACUUCAUCGCCUACAGCGCCAUCGACGGCACGCUGUACGAGCUUGACGGCCUGCAGCCGGCGCCCAUCAGCCACGGCGCCUGCAGCCGCGACGAGUUCCCCGCCAAGGUCAUGGACGUGCUGCAGCGGCGCAUCGCGCGGUACGACGCGGCCGAGAUCCGGUUCAACCUGCUGGCCAUGGUGCGCGACCUACGGGUGCGGGCCCGCGAACUCGGCGACUUUGAGCUACUGGCCCGCGAGGAGCAGAAGCGGCGCGACUGGCAGUUUGAGAACGCGCUGAGGAGGCACAACUUCGUGGGCUUUGCGGGCGAGGUGCUCAAGGGCGUCGUCGCGGCCAAGCUGAAGGAGGGGGACGGGGCGUAUGAGAAGUGGAUCGACCAAGGGAAGCAGAAGAUGCUCAAAAGGAGAGAGGAGCGCAAGAAGGGCGCCGGUGGCGGUGGAGGAGAGGAUGUUGACAUGGCAGGGUAG